CACCGACCCGACAAGCCGAGCGGACAAUGCGGCCUCUGCUGCUUCGCCUACGACGAGCCGACGCCGACGGCGAUGCUGACGGCGACGGCGACGGCGACGGCGACGCCAACGGCGACGGCGAAAACGACGCCAAAGACGAAGACGACGCCAAAGACGAAGACGACGCCAAAGGCGAAGACGACGCCGACGGCGACGGCGACGGCGACGGCGGCGGAGAUGACGACGGCGACGGCGACGGCGAUGGCGACGGCGAGGGCCGAGUGGGAGCGGCUUGAGUGUGAGGCGCCCGAGUCGCCCAGUCUGGGACUGGCCAGUUUGGAUGAGCACAUCGACGCGGUCCAUCUGCCCGGCCAUCUGCUCAACGUGGCUCGACGGUUGUGCGUCGAGUCGAGCGAACGGACGACGUACACGUGUCCGUUGUGCGGGUUCAAGGGGGCCACGACGAAUGUCGACUUUCACCUGCACGUCUUGGGCGCACACGGCCAGGACGAGUCGGUGAAACGGGAGUUGGGCAUGUGUGCGUUUUGUCGACGUGUGUGUCGCGACGAGACGACGCUGCAAUUGCAUGUACAGACGGAGCACGGUCACCGGUUGCGUCGACUUGCGCGACUUUGGCUGCGUCGCGAGGUGAUGAUGAACGCCGCGGACGCCGGCGACGUGUGCGCCACGUGUUGGCGCCACUUCAGACGCGACUAUCAACUGCAGGCGCAUGUGAUCGUGGCACACGCGGGUCGAGAUCCGCUGCGCUGCGGUUGGUGCCAACGCGACUUCAACGCCUGCCCCGAUCAGCUGUUCGCGUAUCAGGUGCUGUUGAAGCACGAGUUCAAUCAUGCUCGAGAGUUGCAUCAACACGCGCUGGCGCUCGGCUUGACGGUCGAUCCGGUGCCGGAGCCGGUGUGCGAUGAGCUGAACCCGGAGUUGCAGGAGCUGCAGACGGCGGCGGCUCUGGCGGCAAAGUCGGCCGAGGCCGAGGCGAAAGGGAAGAAGAAGAGCCCCAACAAAAAGGGCAAAGGAUCGCCGAGUGGAAAGUCGUCGCCGAGCGGAAAGUCGUCGCCGAAAAAGGGGAAAAAAUAG